CAUUCCCAAAAAGAAAUCUUGCUGGUAAUGCGCAUUUGUCACUCCGACAUAUGUACCGUUGCGAACCUUGGCCGUAGGACUGGCCGUGGAACGGGCCACUUUGGUUGGCGCUGCAUUGCCCACGGCAAGUAACGAAAAAAGAGCAACAGCGAGCUUUAGCAUCGUUAAUCAGACGAGAGAUUUGCUAUCUGCGCUGGCCUAAACAGCAAUUGGGGGUUUGCCGGGGCAGCCAUUAUAAGGAAAGGGUCCAAUGUGUGGGGGAACAAGGAUGGAUGCACCCCGGAUAAUUCAAUCCAUGUCAUUUUGCUUUGGGUGCAUUAGUGUGGGUUGUCUCCGGGGUUCUGCCGGGAGAGCAUGGGAUGAGGAAUGCGGGGAACAACGGUUCUGAAGGCUCAACCGCCAUAUGAUAACACGCUCCUGGUAGGAUUGUCGGCCGAAGUGUGGAGCUAUAGAGUCAUAGGACACAGCUGGCACAAUGACCUCAUGGUAAACAUGGCAGAUCGAGGACGCCCAAAUGCCGAGUCUUGAUUUGUAGACAUGCCGAUUGUUUUGCCGGAGCGUGAGUUGUAUGGGGCCUUCCGGAAGGUAAUUUCACGCGACGGCUGGAUGAGCACAAU